GCGGACUGUUUCACAUGGGUAGAGGGAGGAAGCACCAGUAUUGUUUUACUCUCGUUUUUUUUUUUUUUUCUCAAGACCUUUGAUGGGGAUUUCCAGACUAUCUCAGGCAGAAUGAUUCCUUUGUGUUGUCCGGCUGGCAUCUAGAAAUUUCACAAAGCGGUGUAACAGAGAAGAGCAACAUGAAAAAGCCACGGGCCAGAAAUCUCCUCUCAGCUUUCUGUCUCCUUGCUAGCCUUUUUACUGUAGGUUUCUGUAGAAUAACUGGUCUGGUGGCAGAUAUCCCUAUAAGAAAAAACAGAACAACUUGUGUGAACAGCCCCAUCAUUGGAAUUAUUGGAGAGGCAGUGAUGCUGCCCUGUCCCUGCAUGUCACCGAUCAACCCGGAUCAACUGUACCUCUACUGGCAAAUACAAGAAACAGUGGUAGAUGCCUUUAUUAAUGGAGAGGCAUCCAGGUCAUACCAGGAUAGAAUGUAUCACAACAGAACCAAGCUGUUCGUCAGAGAAAACAGUACCUGCUCUCUCCUUCUUUCCCAACUAUCUGUAAAGGAUGAGAAAACAUAUGAAUGUCACCAUGGUAGCCCGGAUAUAACUCGGGAUGAUGUUUCUUUGCUUGUAGCUGCUAACUACACGUCUCCGGUGCUGCAAGUCCCAAGUGAACAGCCUAGGGGGCACUACACCUGCACUGCCACUGGAGGAUUCCCAGAAGCCACCAUUCACUGGCUCCUGGAUAACCAGCCACUGCCCUGGAACCCUAAGCCGCAACAGAGUGUGCUGGAUGAGUCUACUGGUCGCUACAACGUCACCAGCACACUAGCUGCCAAUAUCUCCCAGGACUCCACUCUCACCUGCAUUGUAGAAAACAAGAGGCUGCACGUCAAUCUUUCUCAAACAUUAAAUUCUCCCAGUACUCAAGAUACCCCACAGAACCACAUAGUCAUACCUCUUGUGGUAGUAUCUUGCUGUGGUGUUAUUGUUGUGGUCUGUCUUGGAAUAGCAAUGAUGAGAAAAUAUCUGAGAACUUCACGAAGGACCAUACAUCACAAUAAUACUGUGGUAUAAGGAAAGCGAUGAUGGAAACGUCAAUGUAUUGAAAAGAAAAAAAAAACUGUUUGCUUCAUGAGAGACGUCAGACAAUUGUGCAAUCCUGGAUACGGAAACCCUCCCAAUGAGUGCCUUCAUGAGCCUUGUUUCCAUGUCUGUCAUAUCUGCUGUCCAUUGUCAAUGAAUCAGACCAGCAACAGGGCGAUGCAGUGAUAUACAGCUGAACCCACUUAACACACUUCAAAGGGACGGAGCAUGACAAUAAGCAGAGUGACGUUAUCAGCAGAUCAUCAAUAACCUAAUAAACCAAACGACCACGUACACAUUUAAACCGGUUCUCUUCAAAGUCCUCCUGUAUGUAUGCUUUUAGGGGUAGAAGUCACCCGAGAGUUGUGAUAGGCACUCAAAACUGAAUUCCUGUUUUUAAGAAUUUUUAAUAUCGUUGACGGCUGUGAAGAAAAUGUUAGUUUGUUUAUUUGUUUUUCUCUCCUUUCUCGGAUAGAGCAGUCGUGAAGUUUAAAUCUUUUAGUUUCAGAGACUUCAUUUUAAUCUGCAAUGGUAAACAAAACCCACUGAACUCACAAUCUCCACGAGUCAAGCUGGGUUAUCAUGUGACCACAAGGCUGUCGAGUACAGUGUAUACAGAAUGUAUCAAAAUACAGGCCAGUGGAUGCAGGCAUGUUGAAGUGAUAUCGAGUGGGCGGAAAUCAAGUGUAUGACCGUUAUAUUUCCUUGAUAUUAAGCAGAGUGUGACAUUAACCCACGUGAUAUUAUCAGGAACUUGUUCCCAUUCACUCCCAUUAUAUUGUGGCGGGAACAUUUCAAUGUGAUGAGAAUAAGCUGGGAGUGAUAACAAUACUAAAUGAGUUUGACUAUAUUAGAAAUGUCAUGAAUUCCACUUGCGGGAUUCACCAGUCCUGUGAAGAACACUCCAAUUUACACAUGACACAUGUUUGUCUUUGAAUUGAUUUUUUUCAAGCACUGUACAUGAGCUUUCUCUACUGAGUAGCUGUUUAUUUCAUCUCUGAUCUAAUGAAUGUGGGAAUUCUCAGUAUAUAUUUACCUUGCAGUGCUCCCUGUAGUUAAGAUCAGUCUCUUCCAUAAUGUAAUCACAGUUGGAUGCAGUAAAUGAACACCUGGUCUAGUGCCAAGAUACUUCAAUGUUAAACUGCUUCUCAGCUGCUGGAAAGGUCGCUCAAAGUUUAAUGCAAACAGUGAGAAGAGACUCCACUAUGUGUAAUGAGACCCAUGUUGCCAGGACAGUCAUUAACAAACAACUAUACACAUACUGUUUAUGUUUCAUCAUUAGUCUACAAACUGAGUACACAUGUUGCUUCUGUAGCUAUAAUAACUAUUCAACUUAGUCUUACAUCCAGGUUUCAGUGCUGCAUAAGGGAUACCCAUACUUCUGUAGCAGUAUUAACAGAAGAUAGUCUGCGCUCGAAGAAUAGAAAGAGCAUUACUGCCAUUCAUUGUUGUCAGUUCCUGUAGGUAUUAUUUGGGAAAUGUCAUGAAGAGAACCUGCCUGCCUACAAUGUUUGUUUUUUUUGUUUGUUUUUUGAGGGGGGGGGGGGGGGGGGGUGUAUUUUCUGAAGAAUGCUUUUGUUUAAUAUGGAUGCUCCCCAUGGGAUUUUAUUUGUAUAUAUACACCCUCCCCUCGUUAUAUUGCCCGUCGCUAUACUGCGGAUUCGGAUAUAUCGCGGUCCUGGAGUUGGCUCCCCAUUUUUACUGUCUAACUGCGCAUGCCUUAGCUGCAAUAUAGAUAUACACUUAGAAUUACUCUUUGUUUUUUUUCGUACUGCACACCACAAACAACAAUAUACAAAACAAUUAAAAAUAAAGCAUUAAUAUCGUACUGUUAUCAUAUACACACAUAUUGCACAAUAACACAAUGCAAAUUAAAUAUCUACUUGCUGAAGUGGUUUUUAUUUUAGCCAACGAGGUGUUCACUUGUGGCAGCAAUGCACUAGCAAAAGUCACAAGGCAGUGACGUCAGCUCCCUAGCAACAAGCCUCCUAUGUUGGGAAUGGAUUCUUUCAAUGCAGCAGGUUUGUGCAUUUGAGAAAGGAGAGGAAGUCUCAUGAAAUUAAUUGAGAGAGGAGACUGACGUUGAUGGGAAGCAAUUGCACUCUGCUGUACGAAUUGUGCUGCUUUUUAUAUGAAAAAUGAGAAAAAGCGUGUUGUGUAGAGGACUUAUUUUGACACCAGACACCUCCGAUAAAACGAGGGAGUGGUUGUACAGUAUUUGUUUGCCUAUUUGUUUUUCUAUGGGUCCCUCACUAUAUUGCGGCCCUCAAUAUAUAGUGGAUUUAUAUUGGACUCUGAAACCUGCGAUGUAUUGAGUGGGUGGUGUAGUUUGUCAGAAAAUCAAAAGCGUUGUUAUUUGUUCAUGUGCUUAUACUGUCACAUUCAUAGCACCUUGCUAAAGGUAUGUGUUUUCUUGAUACUGUGAGAACCAAGGCUAGAACUGGCAGCCCCAUGUGCUGAAAACAAACUCAUGAAUGAUGUGCAUAUGUUCUUUAACAUAGUGAUUCCCUGAGUUUCUAUAUGUCUGCUUAAUACUAAGAGCAAGCAUAUAUGCUGUGCAUACAUAUAAUGUGAAUGAAUUUCAUUCUAUAGGUACAGGAUAAAUUGUUAUCAUCCCCUUAAAAAAGCAAUUUAAAUAAUGUCACUUUAUUGUUAUUUAAUAGGCCAAUGUCCUGUAUUAAGGCUGCAUUCAGUUAUCUCUAUUCCUUAUAAUGAAGCAUGCUAAUUCCUGUUAAAUGUGUAUUUGUUAUUAGCAUUAUUAACAGUCAAAACUGUAACUACUUUAUGUUAAGCUAUAUCUAGUUAUAGUACUGUUGCUAUUGUGACACUAAAAACAUUUAUAAUUGUUAUUUUUCAAUAUUAAAAUGGUGAUUUUUUUCUAACUAAUGUUAGCCCCAUAUGUUUUCAAUGCCCUGAUUACAGACACAUUCUUCAUGCCUCUGCUGUAUACAAUGACUUACCUGUAAGAUUGCAUUAAUUCAAUUAAAGAGUUUUGUUUA